AUGAAUCUCCUCAAUGAAAGACAUAUCGGAACCCUCCCGAGCGCUGAUUCCGAAUUAAACAUUCUUACUCCCAACAGCUUGUUACUGGGCAGAGCAACGGCGAAGAAUCCUGGUGGAUGGCAGCCUAAAUGUAAUAAUCCAGGAAAGCGUUAUCGUGUUGUCCAGAUCGUGACAGACGAGUUCUGGAAGAAAUGGACGGAGUUAUACGCCCCGGCCUUGGUUAUUCGUCGCAAUUGGAAUACAGCCAACCGUAACCUGCGCCCAAGAGAUGUUGUAAUAAUCGCCGACCGUAAUACCUUGCGAGGAGAUUACCGUUUAGGUAUAGUACAAGAAGUGUUUCCCAGUCAAGACGGAAAAGUUCGUCGAGUAAAUGUCAUGUACAAGAAUUUUCCAAUUGGAGAAAAGGUACAGAAAUACAAAGGACAUAACGAGGCUGUCAUUGUGUCACGAAGUGCUCAGCGAUUAUCGUUAUUAGUACCAGUGGAUAUGGAUCAAGACCAGGAAACCAAGUCGGAAGCAAAAGAGAGUGUAUGA